AUGGACUGCAUAUUAGGUCCACAAAUGUCUGCAAAAAAGACAAAAAUGUCGACGAAUGACACGAAUGGCACUCAUGAGGAAUAUCCAAAGGACUCGUUUGAGAGAUUGGGCGAUGACUUGUGUGGACUCGUAUUGUCUUAUCUGUCACUGAAAGACAGCUUCAGAUAUGAAUGUCUGUCCAAACAGUGGCGAAGAAGUGUUCAUCAGAAGAGACGUAAUCUUGUGCUGAAGACAACAGUGUGGCGGAGAGUCUUCAGCACAGAGACCCACAGGGAUAACCAUCUCGAUGUCGACCGUAUGAAUAGCAAUGCUUUGAUGUCAGUGAUCAGGAAAUUACCAAACAUUACAUCCAUUGAUAUUGAGAUCAGUUCAGAAGCGACUGAAAAAGUGUUUGAAGUACUCAUCCAUUCAUACAAACACUCAUUGACUGCAAUUGACGUCAGAUUUUGUGUGAUGUUUGAGGACCCGAUAGCGGACAGACUGUUGCGGACAUACGGCUCACUAAUGACUGAAAUAUGGAUAUUGAGUUUCGCUGAAAACGUGUUCAAACGGUACACCAAUUCGUAUACAAAACUCACACAACUGUCCACUGCCCACUGCAUGGGUUACAGUUAUGGUCACUUACAGUUGAGGCAUAUAUUCAAUGAAAGCAAUGCCCUAUUGGUUAAGAGUUUGACUGGAUUUAUAUGCUCUUAUAACUUGAUGUACCAUGAUCAAAUACAACACUUGCGCACAUUUGUCGAUCACUAUAAGAACAGCUUAAAGAGAUUGCAUAUAAAAUUGGAGUAUCUGGAUAACCAAACAUUUGUGACUGUCAUGAGACUAUUGUCCAAAUUGAAAGCAUUGCGCGAAUUAUCUAUUAACACGACUAAUAUCAAUAACCCCGGUGUCAAUGCAAUGGACUAUUACUGCAAACAAGUGGUCAAUUGGUGGCCACAACUCAAGAGAUAUAGUUUGCUCUUAAAGUACCAAAAGGCGGCUAACUUUAGGCCACUGUUUGAGUCCGUGAGUCGUAUGCGAGGGUUACGACGAUUUCAGUUGCUUUUUAUGUCGUCCGACACCAAAGAUCGUCGUAUCUAUGAUUUGUCGCUCAACUCAUUGUCCGGUUUUCAGCGAUUACAGCACCUGGACAUAGAUGUCGGAGAUUUAAUGGUAAACGAGAGGUUCUUCGAUGAUAUCCACAGACAUGUGCCACGACUUCAGUCAUUGAGAUUCGUAUCUAAACUCGAGAUAAACGCCGGCAUUGAGAAAUCGGUGAAACGGCUGCCCAGACUUUGCUCACUUGGACUCAAGAAGUUGUGGUCAAAUGUCUACAAAAAGACAAAGAUGUCGACGAAUGACACGAAUGGCACUCAAGAGGAAUAUCCGAAGGACUCGUUCGACAGAUUUGGUGAUGACUUGUGUGGACUCGUAUUGUCUUAUCUCGAGUUUGAAGAGUGUUUCCGAUAUGAAUGUCUUUCCAAACAGUGGCAGAGAUGUGUAUUCACGCGAAGACAUUCCCUCUCAGUCUCGGCACCAGUACUGAAGAAGUUUCAAUUGAGAGAAAAUAAUUCAAUUGUCGCUAAUAAGUGGACAAUAUUUGAAUCAGUGGUCAAAAAGUGUCCAAACAUUACAUCCAUUGAUAUGACUAUUGAUUCACAGGAGACGGCAAUACUUUUCGGAACAAUUGCUCCCGAAGAAUAUAUUCGUGUUAUGAAACUAUUGCCACAAUUGAAAGCAUUACGAGAACUAGUUUUGGUUCAAACUUUUAGCGAUAACGCGGAUACUAUUCAGUCUAUAGUUGACUAUCACUGCGACGAGUUUGUCAAUCAAUGGCCACAACUCAAGAGAUAUCGACUGCAGAUGUGGUGUAAAACUGAUGAACACGUUAAACAAAUGUAUGAAUCGGUGAGUCGUAUGAAAAGAUUACGAAAACUGGAACUAUCGCUGAGUACAACACCCGAUGACAACAACCCCCACACUAUUGAAUUGACUCCGAAAUCAUUGGCUCCAUUGAAACGGUUAACACACCUAAAGCUACAGUUCCCCAAUGUUUUAUUGAAUGAGACAUACUUGGACUCAAUAGACAAACAUUUACCGCACAUCCAGACACUGGUAAUCUGUACUCUACUAAACGAGCGCCGAUGUAAUGUAAUGAUGUUAAUGAAUGACAUGAAUAGGACUCCAGAGGAAUGUUACCCGAAGGACUCGUUUGAGAGAUUGGGUGAUGACUUGUGUGGACUCGUAUUGUCUUAUCUGUCAUUUGAAGACUGUUUCCGAUUUGAAUGUCUGUCCAAACAGUGGAAGAGAUCUGUAUUCAAAUCACAACACUUUCUGAAUGUCCGGAAACUAUUAAACAAAUGGCAGAAAAUCGGUGGUAAUAGUCGUGAAGACAUUAAUUGGCAGAUAUUUGCAUCAGUGGUGAGAAAGUGUGCAAACAUUACAUCCAUUCGUAUGAAGAUCUCCACAGAAGUGACGGAAAGAGUUUACGAAUGUAAUGCGAAAAUAAUGGACAGAAUUCUCGGCAAAUAUGGCUCACAAUUGACGGCUAUUUCAGUGCCGACAACGGGUUAUGAAGUGUUUAAACACCACUCAAAGACUUUCACAAAACUGAGACAAUUCCCGGGUUAUCGAUAUCUGUACCGCAUUUCCGGCGACAAUGAGUUGAUAACUCUGUUCAACAAUUUAACUCAUUUUCACUUCAUUUACGGCGACUCUGAUUGGCAGCAAUUGACAGCAUUUGUUGAUUACUAUAGAAAUAGUUUAAAGAGUUUUGCCUUUCAUUUCAAUACCUGUAAUGUGAUGACGGGUGAGGACUAUAUCCGUGUAUUGGAAGUCAUAACACAAUUGAAAGCAUUACGAGAGCUAAGGAUUGAGAUC